UCAAUCUUUACAGAUUUUACACUUUUCUAUUUCUCCAAAAAAGCUCAAACCUUUACGCAAAAUCAAAGCUCCUUUCUCUCAAGUCUCAACCAGUAGCUUCACCACUACAAAUUGAGCUGUAGUCCACCCUAAUGCAUUGUCACAGGCAUCGGAAACCGGAAUCCAAAUUCGACUGUUAAAGGCAAUGGCUUUGCAGUUGCCUCACUCUUAAAGGAGGGGUCUUUACUCAGAUGUGAAAUUUGGCCACCUGGAUUCGGCAUUGAAAGGGUCAAUGCCAGAACCUGAGCUUGCUGUUUGUGGAAUGAGCUGAAUGCAAUUUGCCCAAUUGGGUGUGGUCACUUCAGCACAAGGGUCUGUGUAUAUAGAGGUUUGUAAGGGUCGAUGGAAAGGGGGGAAGGCGAUUUUAUUAGUAUUGUUGAGGAAAGCAUAGAUUUUGGAGUUGAAACAAACAACAGUUUGGACUUGAAUGUAGAGCAGGAUUGUCACAACCCGAAAAUUGUUCAUGGCAAUGGCACUGUGUCCAAUGUAUCAUCUACAAAUGACCACAGUGUCGAUGCAGUUGUGAAAGUUGGUACAGAGUUUGAGUCUGAUGAGCAUGCUUACAGGUGUUAUAAUAAGUAUGCUAAGUUGGUGGGUUUCAAUGUUCGGAAAGAUUGGGUGAAUAGGAGUAAGGUACAUGGUCAGGUCGUGUCUAGGAAGUUCACUUGUUCUAAAGAGGGUUAUCGGCGGAGGGAUAAAAGGGAUGUUACUGUAAAGAAACAUCGAAAGGAAACUAGAACUGGUUGCCUGGCGCAUAUGGUCAUUACUCGUCAACCUGAUGGUAAAUAUCGGGUUUCACAUAUUGAAGAACAACACAAUCAUGACAAUGUAAACGCAAGUACGGCUCAAGUGUUACCACUGCACAGGGAAUCCAGUAUUUCCCAAGCUGCUGAUGCUGAACUGGUAGAAGGUACCAAAGAUUUCAGAACACUGUCAAAAUUGGCAUCUGAAUCGAUGAAUAGACGGUUUAGAGUAAGGGAAUCUCUCAAUAAUGUUUCUAUAGGUUAUAACAAUCAUCUUCAAUCUGAAAGGACCAGAGAUAUGAAGAAGGGAGAAGUUGGACGUUUGCUGCAUUACUUUCAAAGGCAACAUGUUGAAAACCCAUCCUUUUUUUAUGCAUUACAGGUUGAUACUGAUGAUAAAGUUUGUAACAUCUUUUGGGCCGAUGAUAAGAUGGUAUCAGAUUAUGAUUAUUUUGGGGAUUUGGUUUGUCUCGACACAAUUUGCAGAGCAGACAAGAAUUGUCUCCCAUUUGUACAGUUUAUAGGAGUAAACCAUCACAAACAGGUGCUGAUCUUUGCUGCCGCACUUUUGUAUGAUGACACCAUGGAAUCUUAUAAGUGGCUAUUUCAAACCUUCUUGGAAGCAAUGUCAGGGAAGAAACCAAGGACCAUUCUAACUGAUCAAGAUGCAACAAUUGUUGAGGCAAUCGAUUCAGUCUUACCAGAAACAGACCAUUGUAUAUGCACAUGGCAAAUGUACGAAAAUGCUCUCAAACACAUUAGCCCCAUGGUAAACGAUACCGGGUCUUUUGCCAAUGAUUUCAAGAGAUGUAUAUACGACCACAAAGAUGAAGAUGAUUUUGUUUCUGCUUGGGGGGAUAUGCUAGAUAAAUAUGGUCUUCAGCAGAAUGACUGGUUAAAAUGGAUGUUUAGAGCACGAGAGAAAUGGGCUGUGGUGAAUGGUAGGAAUACUAUUUUUGUUGACAAAGGCACACAUUUGGUCGAAAGUUUAUUUAAUGAUCUGAGAAGUUACCUAUACUCUGACACUACUGUGGUUCAAUUCUUUAAGCAUUUUGAAAGGGUCGUGGAUGAGCAACGGUCCAAAGAAAUAGAAGCUAGCGAUGAAAUGAAUAGCUGUUUGCCAAGGCUAAUGGGGAAUGUGGUUAUGUUAAAGCAUGCAAGUACUGUAUACACCUCAAGGGCAUUUGAAGUAUUUCAGCAAGGAUAUGAGAAGUGUUUAAAUGUUGUUGUCAACCAAUGUAGUGAGAAUGGGUCAUUGUUUGAGUACAGAGCUAAAACAUUUGGGAAAACUCAAGAACACAGCGUCAUAUUCUGUUCCUCUGAUGGUACAGUUAUAUGCAGUUGUAAGAAAUUUGAGAGUGUUGGGUUUCUAUGUAGCCAUGCCCUUAAAGUGCUGGAUCACAGGAAUAUAAAGGUACUCCCCGCCAAUUAUGUCUUGAAGAGAUGGACAAAAGAUGCAAGGUUAGGGAUUGCAAGACCGAGUGAUGUCUCCACCGUCAAUGAUAACCCUAAGCUUAUUGUGGCUAGCCGUUACAAAGAUCUUAGCCACAGAAUUCUGAUGUUGUCUACCAGGGCUUCUGAAUCUGGGGAAGCAUUUCAAUACGCUGUUAGACAACUCGACCAAGUGAUGGACGGGGUUGAGAAAAUUUUGACAUUAAAACCUGAGGAUGCUCAAGCUGUCACGUCAAGCAGCACAGGUACAACUACUUCUGAUAAUGAGCAUGCAGAAACUUUUCUUGAUGAGAAUGCUUUUGAGAAUCAGGGUGAGAAUGGAGUAGAAGGAGCAAACGAACAAGGGAGUGCUGUCCUCGACAGAGGUGAAUUAAUGAAUGUAAAUGGAAACUUCUCUAGCACAAACAGAAUUCAGAUUUCAGAUGCAUCCCCGCAAAGUAAUCAUUCCUACAUUUCUUCGGAACCCUUAACCGGAAAUCCCAUUACACAGGGUUUGUACACUUUUGAAGAGAACCCUGUAGUCAAUUGCACGUACGCGCAAGAUAAUGCCAUCUUAUUUCGACCUCCAAACAUCUUUCCUAACCAACACGAUUCACCUUCCCAGUUGCAAUUGCUUCAGGAACCUCUUAUCAAUGGCACAUACCAAGAACCCAUAUCUGAACUGAGGCAGGCAAUGGAUCUCGAUCUCCACCCUCCACAUUCACCUUCAUUUUUGCUAUGACCCUCGCAUUCUUUGACCUAAGUCAUCGAAAUACAAGGGUCAAAACCGUCAAAUGAACUAAUGUAAUGACUCUCAACUCCCGAGCU